AGCACCACUCCUUUAAUUUUUAACGGGCACUGGUGAUUUUUCAUGGGAGCUCUGCCUUUUAGGUAGCACCUACUUUCAUAGGGGAUGAAAAUCCCCGAGACGGUAACGUCCGUAUAUAGAUAUUCGUCUUUGCUGUUUGCAUAUACUGAGGCAAUUUUUUCGAUGUUUUCCGGUUCCGGUUUAUGUAAAAUCCGCUGACUGGUUGUCUUUAUGAACAUCCGAGCACCCUGAAUCAGUCAAAGAAACUCGUAAACCGCGCUAACAUGAUUAUUUUACUUCUUUUUCGUAAUGAAAACUGUACAUGCAACUGAAAAACACUUUUAAAACAGUAAGGAAGUGUAAAGACCGUAAAGAAGUUUCUGCGUAAAGUGCAAACAAACAAAACAAAAUUCUAAAAGCUAGUGCGAGAACGCUGAAUGACGUCACCGGCAUGGCUUCCGUAAAUUUUGCAAAGUAUGAUAUUCGCUGUAAGAGGUAUGAUGACACUAAAUGUAAACUACAGUUUAGAGCAAAGUUUCACUUUCUUGAGCGUUGAAUAUUUCUUUCUAAGCGGAUAUAUAAAAGAUAAAUCCCCAAUGCUAGGCGGUGCCUUAAUUCAUAUUAUUAUACUGAAGUCAAGAUAUUUUGUUAUUUGAGAUUUGAAAUUUAUUUAUUUUUCUUUCUUAUAUGUUGCUAGAGCAUUUAUGAAGAUAUCUGUUACUUUAAUGACCAUAAUUCUAUAGUUCAAUAACAUUAAACUUGCACAGGGCGCCUUUUAAUAUUUGGACGUUCAACAUGUCCCUUUGUCAGCCUAAUCGAAUGACAUCCAUUUGCAUAUAGCAAAAAUUUCAACCUUAUUUUAUUGAAGUGUAAUGUAGGAAAACUCUCAAACAAGUGAUAUAUUGGUUUACCGUAAUUAAAACUGCACCACCAAUCACUUCCACGACGCAUUACACAGAUUAUUCUAGCGUAAUUUAAUUAAAUAUCAUGAACAAUAGAACAUGGAAAAAAUAUAUAGAAUCAAUUAUGCUUAGAGUAGUUAGACGAAAACAAAUACGGCACUAGUGAAAUAUCUGCGGCCAUUAUUUAACGCACUUCUUCUGCCGAAUGCAUGCAGACUAGCCUUUUAAACUGCUGUGAUAUGAACUUAUAACUUGAUGAAAUAAUUUUAACUAAAUUACAACCAAUAAAUGCUGGUUACAAACAUCGAUUAUAUUCAUAUGCACACUACAUAGACAAUACUUUAGUAACGGGCCACAUUUUUUAUAAAAUCCGACCAUGAGAAUAUUUGUCAUCUAAAAUCAUUCUUUACAAUAAAGAAAAUUUGGCAGUUUCCUGUUGUGUUGCCAAAGUGAAUGGAUUAUGUAAAUUUCACUUUCAAAGUGUAGACAGAUCUUCGGUACUUUCAGUAAGACAGUAUGUUCAAUGGAUGUGUAAAAUAGGUUUCUUUGUCCGUUGUUGGUAUUUAUCUAUCAUGUCUGUGUGUCCAUCUGUGUGUCUGUCACAAAUCUUGUCCUUGCUCUGAGUCGAACAUUUCUCUUCCGAUCUUCACCAAACUUGAACAAAAUGCGUUUGACCAUAAGCCCUCAGAUCUAGAGGUACGAAUCCAUACCUUUGGCACUUCCUUCUUUUUUUUUAAAUAAGAAAAAAACCAAACGGAUUAUUGGGUUCAAUGACGUUAUGGUCAAGACUACAACAAAUGAAAAAUGGUCCCCAUGCAAUAACUUUAGUUUGGAUUGAUCUGUUGAAAUGAAACUUGACCUAGAGAAUUUCUUGACCUUCAGAGGCACAUCAUAGGAACCAAAUCAGUUACAAUAAGUUAAUAGACUGUGGCCUUCUUUGCUGGGAACAAAUUAUGGAGCAUUUUAUGCAAACUCAUGACGACUUUGAUCCGAACGAGAUUCCAAUUCCAGAUGAAGAAACGAGGAAGAUUCAAGCUAGCAUUUAUAAGAGACUGAUGCAGAAGACACUGAUGGUGGAUCAGCUUGAGAAAUGGAAAGAUUAUCUUGAUAAAGAUAUUGUUAUAUCUCUGUGUGAAAGUUGUACCAGGGACCCAAUCACAGAAUCAGGAAAUGAGCCUAACCCAGCAGCAAUUGAGAAAAUCUCAGAAACAAUUAGUCAAGGGAAAUGUGCUUGUACUCAUGAGCAGUAUGAUGAUGAUGUCAUGAAUGAAGCAUUCCGGCUGGUUCACUUGGCAUGCAUGAAGGAAGAAUUUUUCCCGAUCUUAAUGUAUUUAAAGAAAAUAAACUGUGAUUUUAAUGCCAAAUGCUCUGGACAUAUUCCUACCCCACUACACAUAGCCAUAUAUCAUAACCAGCUAGAAACUGUCAAAUUCCUCAUAAAUUGUGGAGUUGAUGUGAACUAUACCUCAAAUUUUGUUGACAGUCCGUUGGCUGUUGCAAUGGCAUCCGAGAGAGACGAUAUUGUUGAGACUCUCCUGGCGUGCAAGGAAAUUAAAGUGAAUAUGACAAACCGGAGAAACCAGACAUUGCUCGCUCAUUGUAUUAGAGUGAAAUCAAAGUAUGUGGAGAGAUUGCUUCAGGCUGGGGCAGAUCCAAACAUGACUGGACCACUGAGGACCAGUCCUCUCAUGUAUGCUGUACAGAUGAGAAACAUAGACACAGUAAAAUUACUUUUACGAUACGGAGCAGAUGUAAACUUGAAGAAUGGAAGAGAAGAUGUACCACUUUUAAUAGCCUUGUAUACAGGUAGCACAGAAAUUAUGAGAAUUCUCUUGGAUGCAGGUGCUGAUCCUAACUACGCUCACAGUGAUGGAAAUACCCCACUGCUGAUUGCAUGCUAUGAUAAUCAGAUUGAUAUUGUGGAGUUGUUGCUUAGAUAUCAUGCCAUAGUUUCCAAGGGAAAUAGUAACGGUUAUACACCUUUGCACAUAGCAGCAUGGAAUGGACAUUUAAACAGUGUGAGAGUCCUUCUGAAAGCAGGGGCCCUGUAUGAUAUCCCCACAAAUGAUAAAAAUACGCCCCUGGCACUGGCGGCACAUGGUGGACAUCUAUCUGUGAUUGAAGAGUUACUUCCCCUUGGAUGCAAAAUUAACAAUUAUGACAAAGACAAUGAUACGCCUCUUCACUAUGCUGCGUAUAACGGGAUGACGAGAGCUGUAGAGCUAUUUAUUGAACACGGGGCGGACCCAAACUGUUUAAGUACAUGUAUGGCCACACCCCUUUGGAACGCUGUUUACAAAGGGCAAAAAGAAGUUGUAAAACUCUUGAUAAAGAAAAAUGUGAAACUGGAGGUAGCAUCUAUAGGAACAAAUCAACAUUCACAUACAGAUGAUGUUGUUCAUGUUUAUGCCACACCCAAAACACCACUAUGGGUGGCUUUGGAAAGAAAACAUUCCGAUAUCGCAUUACUGCUAGUUUCAGCUGGUUACAAUAUUUUCAGUGAACAGUGGCUUAUCAGUGGGAACUUCCCUGAACAUUUUGAUGAGCGUUUGUGCAACCUUCUGACACAGUAUGUACAUUCUCCACCCAAACUGAUUGCUGUGUGUAGAAAUUAUUACCGCAAGAAUUUCGGGCUUGAUGUCAUUGCUAGGGUUCAGCAAAUGGAUAUCCCAGUGACCUUGAAGAAAUAUUUGACCCUGGCCGAUCUACAGUACACGGUGAAUGAGAAAGAUACAACUGUGCGUAAUUCAUAUGACAGCAGCAGUGAAAGUGAGGAUGAUUGAAAGCAAUAAGAUAUAUUUCAAGAGCUGAGGGCAAAACUAUUGUAUCUUGUUCCUUCCUUAUAUACAGUUACAAUAGUUUUGUGCUCAGCCCAAUUUAUUCUGUUCUUAAACUAUCAAAAACUAUUUUUCAAAAUUGUGUGGUUGAUUUUUCUAUUGUGUUCAGAUCAAAGGAUUGUAGGGUUUCUGUUUUGAGUGAAUUUAAAUAAUGAUUUUAUCUUACAAUGCUGUUUAGAUGACUUAAGGAAACAAUGCUGUGGAAGUUUUUGAUACUGUGGGCAUGAAAGUUCUUGGUUUUGAUCAAAACAACUAUUUCAUUAGAAUUUCAACCCUUAAAUAUAAAGCCAGAUAUAUACAUAUACUCCAUUAACGUUAUAUACUCGGGGACUUUAGAAAAGCACAGGUUAUAAUUAUAAUGCUGAAAUAGACAAUGAUAACACUGUUCAAAUUUAUUGAAAUUUAUCAAAAAAUGUUAAUAUUUGAGAAAUUUACAUUAUUUGUAACAUUACAGUCCAAGCACACAGAACUUUGAAUAGAUUGCACUCAAAACAUCUUUGAGUCAUGGAAGCAAUUAUAUUGGUAAUAUUCUGCUAUGGAAAGGAAUUCCACUCCUGCAAGAGGGCCUGACAUAGGUGGGAGACAAUCUUUUAGUGGGACACACGUAUGGACCCUCUGUCUGAUGUCCUUCCAGACAAACUCUAUAAGAGCCUUGUCCUGGGAAAAACAUGGGCCAGUCAGUAGCCUGCUUUCAGUGUAGAUUUUGCAGGAUAUUACUGUGAUGUUACAAACACUGUGAAUUCCUCAAAUAUUCAUGUUUUUUUCAUUGAAAUUUGUACAAUUUUUGUUUCAAGAUUGACUGCUGCUGGCGUGUAUGAAAUUUCAAUAAAUAUGAAGGUGACUGUGUUAUCAUUGUUAAUUUUGGGGUUAUAUACCCUGAGUGUUUUUAAAGACCCUGUAUACAUGUAAAUAAUAUUAUGCAGUCGAAAAAAGUAAGAAACGCAACAUCCGCUUAUGGCAAAUAUUUCAUUUUUGCAACUUGUAGGCAUUAUUUUGAUACAUAUUUUAAUAUCGUUCUUGAUUUCAUCGGAUCUGGUAUAGUUGUUUCUUUUGUGAUACUCAAGCAUGGCCUUGUCAUAUGUGCAUGUGGAGCUUGUAUUUGUAUUCAUGUUUGCAGUUCAGUCAUAGAUGUUUAGCUGGAGCAUAAUUGAUGGUAUAUACAUGGAUUGAAGCCACCAGUCAAAGAGUCCUUCUGAAUUUUUUUUUCUGAAAUCCAAGCAAAUGCAUUCAAGUAUUUGGCAAUGAAUUUUGAGUUUUUGAGGAAAUGAAGUUUAAAAGGUUUUAUUCAUUUUUCAAAUAAGAAAAACAUUUUGAAGUAAUUAUGUCUUUCUCAAAGUAUAAAUAUCAUCACGUCUGUUACUUUUUGUUUGUUUUUGGAAGUAAGUACUUUUUUUCCUUUUCAAAUUUUGAAAUUACCAAAUUAUGACAUUAUUUUAUGCAAAACAACUUUACACCUCUCUUAGUUAUUGUUACUCAACAAUUUUACAUCUUUGCUUUAAGCGGGGCUAGACAAAAUUGCAAAAAGUUGGAUAAAACAAUCAUUGUAUAUAAUGGCUUCUUAGUUUUUAUGCCCCCGAAGGGAGGCAUAUAGUUUUUGAACCGUCUGUCGAUCUGUCAGUCUGUCUGUCGGUCUGUCAGUCUGUCCGCAAUUUUCGUGUCCGGUCCAUAUCUUUGUCAUCGAUGGAUGGAUUUUCAAAUAACUUGGCAUGAAUGUGUACCACAGUAAGACGACGUGUCGCGCGCAAGACCCAGGCCCGUAGCUCAAAGGUCAAGGUCACACUUAGACAUUAAAGGAUAGUGCAUUGAUGGGUGUGUCCGGUCCAUAUCUUUGUCAUCGAUGGAUGGAUUUUCAAAUAACUUGGCAUAAAUGUGUACCACAGUAAGACGACGUGUCGCGCGCAAGACCCAGGUCCGUAGCUCAAAGGUCAAGGUCACACUUAGACGUUAAAGGAUAGUGCAUUGAUGGGCGUGUCCGGUCCAUAUCUUUGUCAUCGAUGGAUGGAUUUUCAACUAACUUGGCAUGAAUGUGUACCACAGUAAGACGACGUGUCGCGCGCAAGACCCAGGUCCGUAGCUUAAAGGUCAAGGUCACACUUAGACGUUAAAGGAUAGUGCAUUGAUGGGCGUGUCCGGUCCAUAUCUUUGUCAUCGAUGGAUGGAUUUUCAAAUAACUUGGCAUGAAUGUAUACCACAGUAAGACGACAUGUCGCACGCAAGACCCAGGUCCGUAGCUCAAAGGUCAAGGUCACACUUAGACAUUAAAGGUCAUUUUUCAUGAUAGUGCAUUGAUGGGCGUGUCCGGUCCAUAUCAUUGUCAUUCAUGCAUGGAUUUUAAAAUAACUACGCAUGAAUGUGUGAAACAGUAAGACGACGUGUUGCGCGCAAGACCCAGCUCCGUAGGUCAAAGGUCCUAAACUCUAACAUCGGCCAUAACUAUUCAUUCAAAGUGCCAUCGGGGGCAUGUGUCAUCCUAUGGAGACAGCUCUUGUUUUUUGGUACAUCUCAGAUCACCAUUUCAUUAUGGCCUUUAUUAGUUGCCUUUUAAACUACAUGUGUAUAUUACAGCUUGUUAAUUUAUAUACUAAUUUAUUAUGUAAACAUAACUGAAAACACAGAUGAUACUUAUGAUUUCUGUUGAGAGAUUUGAAAAUUGUUUUUUAUUGUUCUUUGCUGUUGAAAUGUUUUAAGGAAACAAUAUAGGAAUUGAAUAGCACUGACCCAUGAAAACAUGUGUUGGUUUUACACAAGAGCAGCAUUUACUUUUGUCAUGUUUUGCCUGAUUAAUGUAUUAACUGAUCAUAUUGUUUGUCUUUAAAAAAUGUAGAUGUUUAAAGACUUUUGUAAAAAAAACUAGGUCACUAGGUCAAAUCAUAGAAAAAACGUUGUAAGUGCUCAAGAGGCCACAAUUUCUAAUUGAUCACAUUAAUUGAAACUACCCUUUAGUAUUUGUCUAUAAAAUCUAAACAAGGCUCGAAAUUGGGUCAUCUGGGUUAAAACUAAAACUAUAUCACUAGGUAGAGUUGUAGAAAUUAUUUGAGGUCUCUCAUGAGCCCAAAUUUAUAUUUCGAUGAAAUUUAUGUCAGUUUCGAAACUGCUUUUU